CACUACAUUUGACAGAAGAGUGACGAUUCGGUGGAGAACUCGUCAAAUUUUCAUGUUUGUGGCAGUUGCCUCUAUCAAUUAGAAAAUUCCCGUCGGUUUGCGUGUAAAGUAGUUUCCGAUCUCCUGCUACCUGCGCUCCCGAAAUCGAUCUUGGGAAUUAUUCCGAGACAUUUUAAUAAGAAACGUAAUCUGAGCGACCAAGAAGUAGCCAUCGUCGAAUUCCCCUCUGUGCAGGAAUCUUAAUUUCGUUUUAAUUUGCCUGUCAUCAAAUAUAAAUCUAAGUGGGUGGGUGAUAACUCGUUUCUGGCCGGGCCGAUUGCUGCGGAAAGUGUUGUUAUUACGUAAUUAAGGACUCGUAAACACGGGCCACUUAAGCGGAACUCGCGUAGUUGCUUUUCGGAACUCCUAAGAAGAAACGCAAAAGUCUCUCGUGACAUCAUGACUAAAAUGCUCGCGGUCCCCCUAAAGAAACCAGCUGAGGUGGACGUCGUAAAACCGCUGAAGAACCUGAUCCAAAGUGCGUACAACAAUCCCGCUGGUAGCAGCGACUACAGUGAAUCCGUGGCUGAGUUCGGGAAGCUCAGGAACACGGCAAUCUGGAAGUUCUUCGAGAAAUAUGAGAGCUCACUGGAGGUUGUUUACGGAUACUAUGACCAGCUGUGCUCGUUGGAAACGAAGGUGCCCGUCAAUGAGUUGCAGAUUCCGUUCAAGUGGAAGGAUGCCUUCGACAAGGGAUCGCUCUUCGGCGGCCGGAUCAGUCUGACUCACACAUCUCUAAUGUAUGAGAAAGUUUGCGUCCUCUUUAACAUUGCGGCUUUGCAAAGCGCUGUUGCCUCCUCACAAUCUCUGGAAAGUGACGAGGGGCUGAAGCUAGCCACGAAGUUAUUCCAACAAGCUGCAGGAAUUUUCCAAUAUCUCAAAGGCGCAACUCCAGCUGCAAUUCCAACAGAACCAACACCCGAUUUGAGCCCAGAAACUCUUUCGGUUGUAGCAAGCUUGAUGGUUGCUCAGGCACAGGAGUUGUUCAUUGCAAAAGCUAUUCGAGACAAACUUAAGGAUGCUAUGGUUGCGAAAUUGUGCUCUCAAUGUGAAGAACUGUAUGCAGAUGCUCUACGUGGCAUGCAAAAGGAUACCGUAAAAUCCGUUUGGGAAAAGGACUGGAUACCUACCGUUGCUGGCAAACAGGCAGGUUACCAUGCCAUGACGCAAUUCUUUGAAAGUUUAGUUUGCCGUUCAAGUAAGAAAAUAGGCGAAGAAAUCGCUCGAUUGCAGGACGCCGUUGAGUUAUUCCAGGCUGCACAGUCACGCUCUGGAGAUGCAGGUCUGCUAAACGAAUAUCUGAACCGUGCAAAACGGAACUUGGAAGAAUCUGUUAAGGACAAUAAUUUCAUUUACAAUGAAAUGAUUCCGGACGUAAAAUCACUAUCUACGCCAGGAAAGGUCCAAUUAGCAAAAUCCCUACCAAUAGGUUCACCAAUGAGUCAAAACUUCAAGGACUUAUUUGCUGAUUUGGUGCCGGUAGUAAUUCAUCAAGCCGCCUCAGCUAGCGAAGCUCGCAAAAAUGAGGCUGUCAAUGGUGAAAUAAUGAAAUUGCGUGAAGCCACUCAGAACUUGAAUGCAAUUCUGUCUUCACUAAACUUACCUGCUGCUAUUGAGAUGGAUUGCUCUGGUUCAGGUCUUCCGCCGUCCAUUUUGACGAAGGCCGCAGAUUUGAGGCAGAAAGGAGGAAUUGAAAGUAUUCAAACUUUGAUCACAGAAUUGCCUGAAUUGCUGACGCGUAAUCGUGAAAUUUUGGACGAAGCCGAACGAAUGUUAAAUGAGGAACAAACGUCUGAUGACCAAUUGAGAACUCAAUUUAAAGAGCGUUGGACGCGAGUUCCUUCCGAAAAAUUGACUGAAAUGUUCCGAUCAAAUGCACGCAAAUAUCGUGAGAUUAUCAAUAAUGCAGUUGAGGCUGAUAAAAUUGUAAGGCAGAAGUUUGAAAGUAACAUGAAGGGUAUUCGGUUAUUGUCUGAGUCACCUGACAAAAUCGAACAAGCGUUGCCAUCCUGUGAAGGUGUCCAGAUUGCAAACAAUCCAGCAGUUCAGCGUCUAAGACAAUUAAUGGAAUCGGUCGAUGCUAUUAAAGCCGAAAGGGAUGUCAUCGAAUCCGAACUAAAAGGUGUCAAAAUUGACAUGAAAAGUGAGUUCUUACAAGUUUUGGCCAAGGACGGGACCAUCAACGAACCUGCUUUAUCCAUUCCACAAAUCGGUAAAGUCUUGCAGCCAUUACAGGCUCAAGUUCAAGACAGCAUUCAGAGGCAACAGACUCUUGUCAGUGACAUUCAAGAAGCACAUCAACAAUUUGCUGGGGCCAGCGGAAGUAGCAGUACCUCGCGCGAUGGAUUGCUAAGUGAACUAGCCACUGCAUAUGACAGUUUUAUUGAGUUGCAAAACAACCUGAAGGAAGGCACUAAGUUCUAUAACGAUCUAACGCAGCUAUUGGUUGUCUUCCAAAAUAAAAUUACCGACUUUUGUUUCGCUCGAAAAACGGAAAAAGACGAAUUAAUGAAAGACCUCACACAAGCAUCUAGCAGACAAGCACCUGCUCCUACUCCAAGUGUGCCACCAUACUACAAUACAACAACAACUGAUGGCGGCUCUACACCACAGCCAGCUGCACCAUCUGCCCAACCAGGUGCACCCGCUGCCCAGCCAGGUGCCGUUCCAUACCCAAUGCAAAUAUCGGGUAUGCCCGUACCAUAUGGAGCUAGCAGCACUGCUCCUUAUCCGGCUUAUGUUGCACCACCCAUGCCACAAGGUUUCAAUCCUUACGCUACAUUGCCUUACCCAUCAAAUGCCUACAACUACUCUGGCUUCCCACAAGGUCCACAACCAAAUCAACAUUAUGGCACAUACCCUGGAAGCUUCGCUGCUCAACAACAAGGUGGCUACCCCUACCAACAAAAGCCACCAGGCUGGUAGAAGAUAUGUUGUGCCUUUCCUAAAUUGUCCAGCAAUACGGAAAUGUUAUAUAAUAAAUAUUUUAUUAUGAUUAUCUCUGAAGAAAAAUUAUGUUUCGCAUUUUUUAACACCACGGUAUAUGUAUUAAAUAAUUUGUAUAAUGUUGCAUGAAUAAAUAAAUAUAAAUGAAUAAUAGA